AUGGACUUCAAGUCUCUCAUGUCCGCGCAAAUCGCCAAAUCCAAACCUCAGCCCUCCAAGUCUGCAGCACCAUCAAGGUCACCCAACUCCAACUCUGCAUCAACGAAUAAAUACCUCCGCCGCGCCGACCUCGAAGCCGCCCGCGAAGCUGCCUACGCCGCAGAACGAGCCAAGCUCGAAGCCGAGCGAGAAGAACGCGCAGCAAAGAAGCGGAAGUUGGCGGAAGAAGAGGCCGAGCGGAACGCCAUACGGGAGGAGAAGAAGCGACGACUGGCCGAGGAAUCCAGGCGACGGCGUGAAGAGGAAGAGCGAGAAGAAGAACGCAAGCGGCGUAAGAGAUUAGGCUUGCCGGAAUUACCACCUGAAACCAAAGCCCUUGAAGGUGGUGAGGCCACAUCUACUUCCACUACACGGCCAGAGACAAAAGACAUUCCGGACGAAGAGCUGCGGAGGAAACUGCGGGCACUGGAGGAACCGGCCUCGCUAUUCGACGAAGACCACGCCGCACGAUUACAACGCUACUAUACACUCACCGACAAUGCACUCACUUCGAAACCGAAACUCGGUGACGGACCGAUCCCGACGACCCUCGAGCCCGUGCCGGAGAAGGACAUGCUCCUCCCCGCCACGAUGCCAGCGAAAGACACACCGGAAUACUCUUUCCUGUACCGCCAGCUAGCGUCGUAUUUCACCCUACUCCUACGGGAAUGGUCUAUUGCACUUUCACAGCGCGAUCAUGACGUCAAAGCCUCCUCGUCCGGCAAAGCAGCAUAUAAUUCCUACCUCGUCGUGCUGAAGGACCUGACACCACUUUUCCGACAUCUGGAGCGGGGCGACCUGGAUACGGACCUGUUGGAGCCCAUCUGCCAGAUCGUGCGAGCUGCGCAGCGACGCCGCUACGUCGAGGCCAACGACGGGUACCUGACGCUGUCAAUUGGGAAAGCAGCGUGGCCCAUCGGUGUCACCAUGGUCGGUAUCCACGAGCGCUCGGCGCGCGAGAAACUGCAUGAGACCAGUUCGGGGAAGCAGGCGCAUAUCAUGUCCGAUGAGGUGACGCGAAAGUACCUGCAGAGCAUCAAGCGGUGUUUGAGCUUUGCGCAGACGAGGUGGCCGCCAGAGGAUCUGGGUCAGUUGAUGGGAUGA